AUGGCUCGUCUACUUUUAAAAACACCUCAUUCACAGUCGUAUCAUUUUUGUCCGAAUAAUGCCAUGCAUGCAAGUUCGUCAGACGCAAUGCUCAUUUCACAUGACGAUGAGCAUUUUGAUGAACAAUCCGAGCAUCACCAGCAGGUGCAGUGGCAAGCACAAAUGCAUCGUAGACACUCGACUUAUCUAUUUACGGUAUUGGACAAGUUGUUGGUGGGUAAGAAGUCAUCAAAUUCAGCGAACUAUUCUGAGAAAUGGCGUCAAAAUUUUUCAUCUCGUCCGACAUGGUGCGAUGCAGAUAUGGCUUUGCAGCAAAUCAACCGAGGUAUGGCGACGGGUAAUCGAAUCGCAUUAUAUGCGCGCUCAUUUUUGCAAUCUCUUCUUUAUCAUCUCGGAUCAUUUGUACAAUGCUGGGCGUGGACAGUAAUUCUUAUAGGCAUCGGUGUUUAUUUGACUUGUACAUUCGGGUUACAAAAUGUUCAUAUCGAAACGGAUAUCGUUAAAUUAUGGGUAUCACAAGGAGGUCGUCUAGAUGAAGAGUUACAUUUCCUGUCUAGAAUUCAGCAGCAAGCACAACAAGUGGCUAUCCGAACAACACGUUUAGCCAACAACCAUUCGUAUGUGUUCUUCACAAAGGUACACGUACAUCCGAUGAUGGUAGGCUGUUGCAUUCUUGCAUUUAAUUAUGCAACAUCAUCUCUAUCAAUAAUCACUAAUUCCGUUGCAGCUCCAAAAGAUCCAGAUUUACCUAAGGAAAAUGGGCUCGGUGGAGGAUUUCAGGUCGUUAUCCAAACACCCGAAGAAGUUGGAAUGAAUGUUCUCACUAAAGACGCGUUACUUAAGCACGUCGAACUCAUGAAACAAAUCUCUAGGUUCAGUGUCGAGAUGUACGGCGAGAACUGGACGUUAGCGGACAUUUGCUUCAAGCCACCUGCUCCAACGUUCCCGAAAGGACCGUUAACCGCUCUUCCCGAUGUACAGGGCUUCAUCAGUUCCCUUCCGAAAGGGAAUGUAACAUGGAAGAAUUUAAAUCCAUCAUCUGUAUUGAAUGAAGUGGGUGUACUGUUCGAUCUUGGAACCAUAGGCAAUUUCUUCGAGCGAGCAGGUAUAGGUGCAGCCUAUUUGGACCGUUGGUGUAUAGACCCACUGGAUGUGGAAUGUCCAGCGAGUGCACCGAAUGCAUUUGAUCGUUGUGCUGCACUGGCCAAGUUCUUGGCGUGGAAUGGCGCGAGGGCGAUGGAUGAGCAAAUACAUCUGGAUGCUGAAGUGAAGACAGAAGUCGCAUCAACUCCAUCAAAUGAUGGCUCGGCGGUUAUUUCGCAGUUGUUUGGAAGGAAGAAGAGGGACGUUGAGAAGAAGAACAACGACACAGAAGUGUAUGAUUAUUAUGCAUACGAGGACGAUAGCGAUUAUGCUGCGUUCUUGAAUGGAACGAAACAACAAAAGGAAGAGCCGAAGGAUAAUACAUGUGAUGUAUAUGGCAAAAGUUUCAUGCGAUGGAUGAAUGAAAACGAAAAAAGAUGGGGCGAAUUCUUGACUGAGAAGGAAAUGCCCGUCUAUCCAGAUUAUGGACAAGUAAUGACCGGUGGCUGUAAGGGAUUCGCAAAGAAAACAAUGAAUUGGCCUGAGGAUUUGAUCAUUGGAGGUAUCAAACGACAGAAUCAUAAGCUGCUCAGCGCGGAAGCAUUCCAGAGUGUUUUCUUGGUUUCAUCCGGUCAUGAUGUCUAUUUGCGUUUCAAGGAUGCUAAACCAGAACUGAAGCCGAAUCUCGAUACCAGAGCAUGGAAUCCGUUUAUGGCACAUCAAAUCGUUACGGCAUGGCAACGCAACUUCACAAAAAAGCUUUACGAUCAUCCAUGGAAUAAUCAGGAACGAAAUGUGAGACAGGUUCAUCCGCUAGCUUCUACCUCAAUUGCAGAUAUGCUCGAAGAAUUCAGUCAGUUCAAAUUUUUCAUCAUAUUCGUUGGAUAUUUCUUGAUGUUCAUUUAUGCUGGAUGGUCGCAGUUGAAGUGGGAUGGUUAUUGGUUAGCCGUAGACUCAUGUGUUGGGUUAGGCAUUCUGGGUGUGCUGCUCGUUACGUAUGCUAGUGUUUCUGGGCUUGGACUGUCCACGUGGUUUGGCAUCGAAUUCAACGCUGCUACCACACAGAUCGUACCAUUUCUUACACUUGGCUUAGGAGUGGAUGAUAUGUUUCUUUUAUUACAUAAUUACAAUGAUCUCGUUCAUACAGUGAAAGAAAAGGAAAUUGGAAUUCUGAUGAAAGAAACCGGUAUGAGCAUUGUGAUCACAUCUACAAAUAAUAUAAUUGCAUUCAUGGCUGGUACCCUUUUACCCAUUCCAGCUUUAAGAUCCUUCUGCUCGCAGUCUGCGAUAUUGUUAUCUUUCAAUUUGGUCGCUAUCAUGGUCAUUUAUCCAGCAUUUAUCACCAUCGAUUUGAGACGUCGUAAGUCUGGUAGGAGAGAUAUGGGUUGUUGCUGUAUGGGCAGUGCAUCCGAAAAGAAAAAGUUAGGAGCCGAGAGUAUGGAGAUUGAUCGAAAGUGUGUUAUCGCCGAGACAAGCAUGCCUUCACAUGGUUAUCCUCAGCCACCACCCCCGAUUAUUCAUCAUUCGACUGCUUCAAAACACUCGAACGACAACCAAAAAAGCGAAGCUAAGUGGUAUACCUUGCAAGGAUUCCUUCACAACUAUUACAUUCCAUUCCUCAAACUCAGCUCGACAAAGGCAAUGAUACUCGUCAUAUGCUCUUCGAUGUUCGUCUUCGGCUGUGUCGGUUUGUAUCAAUCAGCACUCGGUCUUGAGUUGUCCGAUGUGCUACCGGAGGGUACAGCACCAGCUGCUUUUCUGAGAGCACGAGAACGAUAUUUCAGCUUCUAUCCCAUGUUUGCGGUACUGAAAGGACCGAAUAUUGAUUAUGCAAACAAACAAGAAAUGAUCGAACAAUACAGAUUCGAUAUAGCGAAGUCCGAUUUUGUGAUCAAAGUGGACGGACGUCCAAGUGAAGAAUAUUGGCUAUCUUUGUUGAGAACAUGGCUGCGAUCAUUACAAGAACAUUUGGAUAAGGCAAUAAAUGAGAGUAAAAUAGACAUCCAAACUGGGCAUAUCCUGAAUGCACAAAAAUUGAGUGACGAAGCGAAAAUAGCGCAUCGAUUGGUUUGUUCUUUUUGUAUGAAAGGCGCUCAUAAUCUCUCCAUACAUGUUGUAAUUGCACGUUUAACAAACAACAUUUCAUUGAAGAUAGGAAAGAUUCGUCUUGUUGAUGAUAGUGGUCGAAUAAAUGCAGAUGGAUUCUACAAUUAUUUAACUGGUUGGUAUAAUGUCGACAAUAUGAUGUAUUAUGUCUCACAAGCAUCGUUCUAUCCAAACCCGCCUGCGUGGGCAUUAACAAAGGAAGAAGAAAUUGUACCUCCGGCAGCACCCCUCGCAUACAGUCAGAUUCCAUUCUAUUUGACUAAUUUGAUUGACACACCGAUCAUUGUUCGCAUGAUUGAGGAGAUCAGGUCUGUUUGUGACCGAUACACUGAAGAGGGAUUGCCUAAUUUCCCAAUGGGCAUUGCAUUCACCUUCUGGGAACAGUAUUUGCAUCUGAGUUGGCAUCUCUUUCUGGCGAUUUGCACGAUCGCAGCGUCAGUGUUUGUGGUGAUCUCAAUUCUGAUCUUCAAUCCAUGGGCUGCCUUGAUGGUGAUGGUGGUCGUUGUUUCGAUGACUUUGGAAUUGGCUGGUUUCAUGGGUAUUGCUGGAGUGAAACUCAAUCCCGUUAGUGCAGUCACUCUGAUUACUGCUGUCGGCAUCGGCGUUGAAUUCACAGCCCACGUCGUAUUAGCGUUCUUGACAUCGCUUGGUACCAAGAACGAGCGUAUGGCUGCGUGCAUGGACCACAUGUUCGUGCCUGUCAUUCACGGUGGUCUUUCAACGUUACUUGGAAUCAUAAUGUUAGCGUUUUCGGAGUUCGAAUUCGUCGUGAAAUAUUUCUUCAUAGUGAUGUCAGCUCUUAUCAUUAUUGGGCUUAUCAACGGGUUAGCGCUUCUACCGGUGCUGUUAUCACUAAUUGGACCACCUUGUGAGAUUCGACCGGUGAAUGGAAUGAACUAUUUACCAGUACCCCCACCGUUGAAUAACAAUAACUCAUAUCUAUCUCGAACGGAGGACAGUGCUGCUGAAGAUGAGGGGUUUCGUAACCGAGUGAGUGGUGCGUUCGUUGAAAUGCAAGUGAAUGGUAGUGCCAAAAAAGAAACUGAUUGCGAGUACUGCUAUCGUGAUUCGUUGUCAACUAUCAAAGAGGAGAAUGAGGUGAAGAACAGGCUUUCCUUUUCUCUCCUAUCAGCUAUCAGCUUUCAGAACGCGAUUGUGCGCUCUUGCUCAUCACCGUGCCCACUGUCGGUUGCUGCCAAUAAUGCGCCGUGCUCAUCCUCGACCACCUCUACUUCAGUGUGCAACACUCCCAAGCACAUCUCUUGCCCAUCUGCUGUCGUUUCAAUGACUGUCGGUGCUAUCACACCUCAACGUUCUACCUCACCUCUGCUCACUUCUGAUUCACAAGAGGAUUUCUUGACUCCUCUUAAGUUCACCUCUGCCGCAAUCAGGCUUUGA